AUCAGUGGGCCAAGUUGCUCAGCACGUCAGUCUGCCCGCUUCCCUACGCCUAACCAGUCCCACCAAAGGGUUCCGGUGGGAUCUUCGGCGAGGCGAGCCCUGGCAGAGCGGAUCGAGGCGAACGCUCAGAGUCCAGGAAGGCGCCGGGCCGCACGCGCGCGGCCCUCCUCUCCCGCCGGGCCGGGCCGGGCCGGGCCGGGGGGGGAUGAGGAAGCCGGCGCGGCUCUGGGAGGCCACCAGGAGAGGCAGCCCCGGCAGCGGCGCGGCUUUGGAAGGCUGAAUUCCCUCCUGAAUGGGCAGCUGCCAGCUGCCAGCCCCGGCCGCACCUGCCCGACCUGCAAGCCGGUGCCGACGGGAGGAGGCCUCAGCGCGCCCGCCCAGGCUGCUGAGCCGGUAGGAGUUGACGAGCCCGCUCCCCUUCCUGGCUGGAGUGGGAAGGAUGCGGCCGGGCCCCGCGCUCCUGCUCGCCGAAGGUGACCAGCCGCCGCUGCCGCAUUUGGGGGUGUGACGGGAGGCGUGUGGGGAGAGGAGAGUGACUCCGGAUCCCUCCUCGGACUCAUCCUCGCCGAGCCGGAGCCGCUGCCGCUGCCGCUGCCGCGGGCGGGGGGAAUUUGCCCGCUCCUGCUGGGAUCAGUGCAGCUGCUUUUGCUUGCUGGAUGCGUGUGCAUGAGUUCUGCACCGCAUGGGCGCAAGAAGCGCCCCGGGACCGCCGGCUCUAUCUUCCAGAUCAGCAAACCCCCCCUGCCCGGCAGGGACGGGGGACGCCGGGCCAGCGGCUCUGAGAGCUCCUGCAAAACCCAGAGAGCCCUGGAGGACUGCAAGAUGCUUGUUCAGGAGUUCAAUACCCUGGUGGCUCUAUACCGGGAGUUAGUCAUUUCCAUUGGGGACGUCUCCGUCAAUUGUCCAUCUCUACAUGCUGAAAUGCAAAAGAUUAGAACCAAAGGAUGUGAGAUGGCCUAUCAGGCUCAUCAAAAACUAGCAGCAAUCUCUGGCCCAGAAGAUGGAGAGAUUCAUCCUGAAAUCUGUAGACUAUACAUUCAGUUGCAAUGUUGCUUAGAAAUGUAUACAACAGAGAUGCUCAAGUCCAUAUGUCUGCUAGGAUCCCUCCAGUUUCAUCGGAAAGGAAAAGAGCCUUGUGCAACACCCAGGAUCGUAGACAAUAAAAUGGAGGAGAGUUCAGAAGUACGUAUUUUAGAAGACACAUCAUCUUCACCAAUAGAUAUUCAACAGCAUUCAUGGCAGGUUUCCACCGAUAUUGAAAACACUGAAAGAGACAUGAGAGAAAUGAAAAACCUUUUAAGCAAACUCAGGGAGACUAUGCCUUUACCAUUGAAAAAUCAAGAUGAUAGCAGCCUCCUAAACCUGACUCCUUAUCCAUUAGUGAGAAGACCGAAGCGAAGAUUCUUUGGACUAUGCUGCCUUGUCUCAAGCUAAAAACUUCAGGCAGAAACUCCAAGAAAACCAUAACUUUCAUGAAACCAAUAUUAUUUGACCUUUGAAAGGAUAAACCUUACUGCUCUUGAUUAUAAAGCGUUUUCUACACUGCCCUAGUCCUUCUCCCCCUGCUCUUUUCAAAAAGGAGUUUUACAG